AUCGUGUUUACCUCGAUCGAAUCCCUCUGCAGUUGAAUCAAACAGAGCGCAUAAGAAGAAAUUGGUAGCUAACCCUGCAACGAAACAAAGAGAAGAAGAAGAAGAAGAUUAGAACCGAAGAAUGGGUAUGGCAUUUACCAACACUCUCACUCUUCGAACCUUCAACUUCAACCCUUCUCUUCCAACCACCCUAUCUUCUUCUUCAUCUUCAGUCACAAAGCUCUUCACUUUCUCCAUCCCCAUUUCCACCACCCACUCCCCCAUCAAUGCCUCGCCGCCAAGGCGCAUACCCACUUUCACUCGCGCCAUGUGCACUUCUUCCUCUUCCUCUUCCUCUUUUGGUUCUCGCCUCGAAGAUACCAUCAAGAAAACCGUUGCUGAUAACCCUGUUGUUGUUUAUUCCAAAACCUGGUGCUCGUAUUCUUCUGAGGUGAAAUCCUUGUUCAAGAAGCUCGGUGCCAAUCCACUGGUCUUCGAAUUGGACGAAAUGGGUCCACAAGGGCCGCAGUUGCAAAAGAUGUUGGAGAGGCUCACAGGGCAACACACUGUGCCAAAUGUGUUUAUUGUUAAACUCCUUCAUUGCAGGUGGAAAACACAUUGGUGGUUGUACAGAUACACUGAAGUUGCACCAUAAUGGAGAACUUGAACCUUUGCUAUCAGAAGCUAAAGCUAAAAAUACAGGAAGCUAAGUCAUUGACUGUCAUCUUAAAGGGAUCCUGAUAUCACCACCAAUUUGUUGCUUCGUAAGCCAAUGCAGUUCUCUCGACGUCUGUCAUAUCGUUGGUUGAAAGCAAUCUGAGUGCACUGAUCAUUCAUACCUUGAUGUUUCGUUAGACCCUUAUAAAUCUGAAGUGGAGGGCUUAUAGAACUACAAUAUGCAACUUUUUUAUUGUAUCUGGUUAGACUUUUAACAGAUAUAUUUUUACUUAUAUCUUCUUUGUUUGGUAA